AUGCCCAAACCUUUCUCUAAUCACCAAAGUUGGUACCAAUCCACCAUUGCUACAACUACCUCAAGUUCCUCCAAUCUAAUCUAUGUCUAUGACCAUGCAUUGCAUGGCUUCACUGCACGUCUCACUCCAUCUCAGCUCAAACAACUCAAGAAAUCUCAUGGCAUCGUAGCUGUCUAUAGUGACAUGGUAGUAAACAAGGACACUACUCAUACCACCGACUUCCUCGGCCUCGACACCUCUGCCGGACUUUGGCCGGCAUCAAAUUAUGGUGAAGACAUGAUUAUCGGCGUCGUGGACACUGGAGUUUGGCCAGAGAGUAGGAGUUUCCAUGAUGAUGGUUUGCCGGUUGUGCCACCGAGAUGGAAAGGUGAAUGUGAAGAACCAUCGAUGUGUAACAAGAAAAUCAUCGGUGCGAGGAGCUUUUACAAGGGCCUUCUUGCUAAUAACCCUAAUAUUUCCGGCAUGCGCUCCUCUCGGGACACUAAUGGCCACGGCACUCAUACCGCUUCCACUGCUUGUGGAAAUUUUGUUCCUAACACUUCUUUUUUCGGCUAUGCUCCUGGCACUGCUCGGGGCAUGGCACCGCACGCUAAGCUAGCUGUUUACAAAGUUCUUUGGGAAGAAGGUUCAUAUGGGUCUGACAUCAUUGCCGGAAUUGAUAAAGCAAUUUCCGAUGGAGUUGACGUGCUUUCAAUAUCAUUAGGUGUAAACAACGUACCUCUAUACAAAGAUCCUGUUGCAAUAGCAGGUUUCGCAGCGAUUGAAAAAGGAAUUCUAGUUGUGACUUCAACAGGAAAUGAUGGUCCUUUUUUGGGCACUCUACACAAUGGUGCACCGUGGUUGAUCACAGUUGGUGCGAGUACGGUUGAUCGGAAGUUUGCCGGCAUCAUUGAGCUCGGCAAUGGAGUUAUCGUCACCGGGCAAUCACUGUACCUAGGGUCAGAAGCUUUGCCAAGCAAGCUACCUCUGGUUGACAUGGGAGGAUGUGAAAACCAGACAUUAUUAGACAAGGUUGGCUACAAGAUAGUAGUGUGUCAAACACUCACCUUAGAAGAUGUUAUAUCAAGUGUAGCAUUAGCUAAAGUGGCUGCAGGACUCUUUGUGUCUAAUGAUCCUUUGGCUGAGUUUUCCAUCGAAGUGCCUCAGCCAGGGGCCAUUUUGAGCCCAGAAGACGGCAAUGAGAUCUUAGACUAUAUCAACAAGAGUCCAGAUCCUAGAGCCUCAUUGGCAUUCAAACAGACCAUCUUAGGCACCAGACCUGCACCUCAGGUCACUACCUACAGUUCCAGGGGUCCGUCAAUGAGCUGCCGGACAGUGUUGAAACCUGACAUUGUCGCCCCGGGAGCCCUUGUGCUUGCAGCGUGGUCGGAGAAUUCAUCGGUGGGGGUGGUUGGUUCAGAUUGGAUUUACAAUUUUUACAAUAUUAUAUCCGGAUCAUCUAUGUCAUGUCCUCAUGUUUCUGGCUUAGGUGCAUUGCUCAAGUCUGUGCACCCAGAUUGGACUCCGGCCGCUAUCCGAUCAGCAAUUAUGACUUCUGCUAGCCUGAUCGAUAACUCUGGCUCGCCGAUUACUGAUUUAAGCAACGGUGGCCAGUCUGCUUCUCCGUUUGCUAUGGGUUCCGGUCAUAUUGUACCUAACAAGGCACUUGAUCCGGGACUCGUUUAUGACAUUGAAGUAGAUGGUUAUAUAAAUUUCUUAUGCACUAUGAACUUCACCCACGAACAAAUCAAGACAAUUACAAGAACGGCGACGAACUGCUCCGAUGCCAAUCCUGACUUAAACUAUCCAUCAUUUAUCACUUUCUUUGAAGUCGAUGAAACAUCUUCGAAUAAAACGAUUGUUCGGGAGUUCGAGAGGACUGUGACAAAUGUAGGUGAUACGGUGAUGACAUAUAUAGCAAAGGUGAUGCCAUUAGAAGGUUUCAGAGCUAGAGUUGAGCCUGAUAAGUUGAUAUUCAAUGAAGAAUACAAGAAGCAAAGGUUCAAGCUCAUCCUUGAAGGUCAAAUGGAGAACAAAGAGAAUGAGGUGGUUUAUGGCUCAUUAACUUGGAUUGAUACCAUGGGGAAGUACAGUGUAAGAAGCCCCAUUGUGGCAACCACCUUUAAUGAAUUAGAUAAUUAA